GGAGUGAUCAGCUGGGUAGAGUGCAGUGUGUGCACUUCUAUGGGAGAGCAGAGGCGGGAUCAUCAUCAUCAUCAGGCUGCUGCUGCUCGCAGGGAGGGGGGAGCCUGGCAGGGACUGAACACCAACAAGCAGGGAGUGCUGCAUUCUGCUGGGAACUUCUGGGCUCCCUCACUUCUCAUUGUCCCCCCAGUUUGGGGGUCUGUGCCAUUGUUGUUGUUGUCAUGAUCAGGCUGUACUAGAAGAGGAGGGAUCAGGAUGAUCAGUAUACUAUGAGAAGUGGAUCCUGGGAUCUUCUCAUCACACUGGGGACUAGUGCUGCUCUCUGUAUAUAGACACCGGUCAGGAUCACCCCCCUCCAUGGCUGCUGGCACCAUGUCUGCCCUCCUCUACAGUGCCUCUCUGCUGCUCAUCCUCACCUGCUUGUGUGCCGGAGCUGUGGACCCAACAUCGUUUUUGUCUUCCUAUGAAAUUAUAAUACCCCAGAAAAUCACUCGGCUAAGAAGAGAUGCAUCUGGUUCUCUCAAAGAGGGUUUGUCCUAUGUUAUUAAGGCUGAAGGCCAGGAGCACAUAUUGCACCUCGAGCAGAACAGUGAUUUGUUGGCCAAAGAUUUCACGGUAUAUACAUAUGCAGAAAAUGGAACAAGAUUGGCAAGUCCGCUUCAAAAAGAGGAUCAAUGCCACUAUCAAGGAUAUGCAGAAGGAGAUCCAGACUCUCGGGUAGCGAUCAGUACCUGUUCAGGCCUCCGAGGCCUACUGCACCUGAAGAGUGGGAGUUAUGGUAUUGAACCCAUGGAGUCUUCCUCCAAGUCUCAUCACCUAAUCUACCGUAUGGAGAAUGUGAAGACGGAGCCGAUGGAAUGCGGGGUGUCCGGUCCUGACAUGGGGCAGGAGGGAGAUCAUCAGCAUGCGCCAAGUAUGACCCAGCUUUUGCGGAAGAAAAGGGCGAUCCUGCCACAGACGAGGUAUGUGGAGCUCUUCUUGGUGGUGGACAAGGAAAGGUAUGAUAUGCUGGGACAGAAUGCUUCAGCAGUAAGGGCUGAGAUGGUGCAGUUGGCCAACUAUCUUGACAGUAUGUACAAAGUGCUGAAUAUCAGAAUUGUCCUGGUUGGGUUGGACAUCUGGAUGAGGAUGAAUCACAUCAGUAUUGAAGGCUCGGCUGGAGAUGUCCUGGGGCGUUUUGUGACCUGGCGUGAGCAGAAUCUUGUACCCCUCCGCAGACACGACAGUGCUCAGUUUAUUCUGAAGAAGGGAUUCGGAGGCACUGCAGGCAUGGCUUUUGUAGGCACCGUGUGUUCCAGGAGCCACGCUGGUGGCAUUAAUGUGUUUUCACAUCAGAAUGUGCAAUCGUUUUCUUCUAUUGUUGCUCAUGAACUGGGACACAACCUGGGAAUGAAUCAUGACGACGGCCGAGGCUGUUCCUGUCCUACACCAGCGGGUUGUAUCAUGAACUCCGGGGCCACAGGCUCUAAGAAUUUCAGCAGUUGCAGUGAAGAUGAUUUUGAGAAGCUGACACUGAACAAAGGUGGAGGAUGCCUCUUGAAUGUGCCCAGCCCAGACGAGUCGUACAGCGCUCCCUCCUGUGGGAACAAGCUGGUGGACCCGGGCGAGGAGUGCGACUGUGGGAAUGAAAAGGAAUGUGAGAAGGAUCCAUGCUGCCAGCCUGGGACCUGCAAGCUGCGCUCAGGAGCUCAGUGCGCCUACGGAUCCUGCUGCCAAAACUGCCGGUUUGCCCCCGGUGGUACCGUGUGUCGUGCCGUUGCCAAUGAAUGCGAUCUUCCGGAAUACUGCAAUGGCUCUUCUCCGUUCUGCCAGGCUGACGUAUUCAUUCAGAAUGGGAACUUGUGCCAGAACAGCCAAGCCUACUGCUACAAUGGCAUCUGCCAAUACUACGAUGGCCAGUGCCAAGGAAUUUUUGGACCGAAGGCAAAGGCAGCUGCUCCCGUUUGUUUCCGAGAAGUAAACUCCAAAGGGGACCGAUUUGGGAACUGUGGUUUACAUGGCAAUGUGUACAAAUCAUGUGAUGCCAGGAAUGCUAUGUGUGGGAAGCUGCAGUGUGAGAAUGUGGACACCAUGCCUGUCUUUGGUAUUGAACCAGCAGUUAUCAAGUCUACCAUCCAGGGCACCGUAUGCUGGGGAGUGGAUUUCCAGCUGGGCACCGAUGUCCCAGAUCCUGCUAUGGUCAACGAGGGCACCAAAUGUGACAAUGGCAAAAUUUGCCAGAACUUCCAGUGUGUCGAUGUGUCAGUACUGGGAUAUGACUGUGAUGUGCAGGGGAAAUGUGGGGGUAACGGGGUGUGUAACAGCAACAAGAACUGCCACUGUAAUGAUGGCUGGGCCUACCCUGACUGCAAGAAGAAGGGCUAUGGUGGAAGCAUCGACAGCGGACCUACAUAUAAUGAUAAAGACACAUCUCUAAGGGAUGGCCUACUGGUUUUCUUCUUUCUGAUCGUCCCACUUCUGGCGCUGGGAGUCUUCGUAUUUUUCAGAAGAAACAGCCUUAAACGGAGAUUCUGCAGGAAGAAGAGAUCUCAGGAGAACGAAGCGAAACUGGAUGGAGAAAGACCAGCACCACGUAAGACUCCUGAUAGAAGCGAUCCUCCGACUGGUCCUUCAAGAAACCCACCACAGAAAAAUGGAGGGAAUGGCCCCCCAACAGGUCAGAUAAAGAAUAAUCCACACGGACAACCUUUAAGGAUACCUCCAAUGUCUGGGCCCCCAAGGAAUCAACAAAAUGUUCCUCCAGGUGGUGGACAAACCUAUAGUGCCCCUCCGAGAAAUGUGCCGCCGAUGGGACCCAACAGAAACAUCCACCAACCAACUCAUGAACCUUCAUAUCCACAGAAUAACUAUCCUGUCCCUACAUAUGUGGGAAGACAGCCUCAACACACACCAUCCCGGCCCCCACCCCCUUCUCAAAGAGAACCUCAACCUAACAUCACCCCAGCACGCCCACCCCCUGCCCCACCAGUAUAACGCCUGCCCUAUGACUCCAGUUAGAAUUUUAUCAUGUGACUUUUUAAACUGACUUAGGUACACACGUGUUUCUGAAUGGCACAGACGUUAUCAACUGAGAAAAUAGAACAAAGAAUGUCUUCAAAAAGUAUGAACUGAUCUUAAUAUCCACAGUUUGUGGUGCCCUUCCCUCAGCAUAGACCUCCUAGCCAUUUAUGAGCAAGAUGCCAUAGUCAGGGCAAAUGGCAAACAAUGCUCCUGAACAAAAGUACGGUAUGGAAAAUCAUUUUACAAUCUACGCUUGCAGGCGACCAUGGAGCUUUUCUACAUGUGCAGGUCCCUGCAACCAAUCUGCCUAUACCAUACAUGGCAUGGACAUUUUAUGGAGAUCAAGAGUGAGCUAAUGGAACCUGAAGUCAUAAUAAUUUGUUUCCUGUAAUUCCUCCGAAAGCUUAAGAAUCGCCUCUUCUUUGGGACAUAACAGGGAGAGAUUUAUAGUUCUAGCAAUGCUUAGUCAAGACCAACCACUGGAAAGCAUUCAGAGGUAAAUCAUUCACCUUUGAGGAGCCUUUUUAUACUGUGAGAGAUUUCUCUAUCAAUACUUCACCGGGUCAUUCACUGAGUAAACAAUGUUUCUUUCUGAUUUUCCCUAACGAAUGACGAUUUAUAGUUUUAUAGGAAUGUAUGGCUUAUGAACACUUUGUUAUCGUUUCUCCAGUACUUGGCAAAAAGCUGUCCUGUAAAAUAUUCCAUCACUGAAUUCCCGGCAGCACAAGGUGGAUAUACAUGGGGAACGAACGGUUCCUCUUUCAAAAAGUUUGUAACACAGAGCUCACACUGGUAAAAUCUGACCAUUCUGAGGACUUGUACUUCAGUAUUAAUGGAAGCCUCUUCUUUUCAUGUUGGUGUGUACUUGAUCUUAAAGCCUAAUUUAAAU